AUGUCCCAUUCUUCCAAGAAACAAAGGAAGAACCUCGCUGCAAACCGUCAUAAUCUCGGCCACCUAUCGGACGAGCAGAACAAACGACGGUAUCCAGCUAUGUGGCUCGCUGAAAUCGAAGAUACUAGUGCUGACUGGAUGUGCGACGCGGAUAUCAGUACUGAGCGGCAGGGCACCCACGACCUUCGUCUUACAAACUCUGGCCCUGACAGUGGCAUGGACAUCCGUAAUGGCUUCAAUUUCCCAGAGCCUUCAUGGGAUCAUAUGCAAGCUCUUUGCAAUAUCCUCGUCUUCACGCCCGGCAACGACAAUGGAGACAAUGGAAUUGGCGCCGAAGACACGUCCGACGCAUCAGAAUUUUUGGCAAAGGGACGUUUUGCCUCAUCUCAUUAUGCUUCCAACAAUCUUACACCGGAGUUCUUCUGA